UUAUUAAUUUUGAUUUUUGACGUUGACACUACAUCAUUCUUAACAAAAAUAGAAAUUGCCAAAAAAUACAAUGAAAAACAUUCAACAUGAUAUUAAAUUAAGUUUUGGUUUUUGUUAUAAUCGUAAUGUAUUUUAUUAAAAGAAAUACUUUUUUUGAUUCGGCAUAUAAAUUUAUGCGAUUGUAUAGUUCAGGUAAAAAAACGCACUAUGAAGUACUUAACUUACAGAAAAACUGUACGGAUAAAGACAUUAAGAAUGCAUUUAUCCAGAUGAGCAAAGAGUAUCAUCCAGAUAAAAAUAAAAAUGAAAAAGCUCAAGAAAAUUUUGUGCGUAUUGUUGAAGCAUAUAAUGUCCUCAGUAAACGGAGUAGCAGGGCUCAAUAUGACAUGAAUUCAGAAUUAGAUAAUCACAGUAGUUAUUCAUAUGUAUAUAAAACACACACACCUUAUAAUUGGAGAACCAACUACAAUGGACAGUCAAAUAAUCAAAAUUAUAAUGAAAAAACAAAUUCAUAUUAUGGUGUGAAAGGGUGGAAAAAAUUGUCCAAUACCGAUUUGAUUUUGAUUUGCUUUGGUAUUGCCGUUGUGGGUGUCAUUUUACAAGUUGUUAUAAUCAGGGAGUCUUACUAUAUUAAUCGGAAGAAAAACCAUGAUAAAACUAUAAAGCUGGCGGAAGAGUUGGAAAAAGUCAAAGCUACUGCUAGAGGAAAAACUAGAGACAUGCAAACUCAAGUUUUGCUGGAUAAAAUUGUGACGGCGGCGAAUCCGAGCGUCGCCACAGCUUCACUUGGACAGACUUUAGCUGAUGAUAAAAAGUGAUUUAUACUUCUGAUUUACAACUAUUUAAAAUAUCGAAGUAGAUUUUAUUCUCAGAUAAUUAUUAUUGUAAAUAUUUAUAAAGACCAUUUUAACCGCAAGGGGAGUAAAGACAAAUAAACGACUUUGACAUCCUAUAUAUAUAAUCUAUGAUAUUCACGAUGGGUUCGCGAGAAAAUGCGUUAUCAAUGCCCGCGAAGUUGUAAUCGCAACUUUGAACUUAGUGUUUAUAACUAGUUAAGUGGAAUAGUUUCGUAUUAUACAAAAAGGUAAAUUAAUCAAGAACUGUUUGUGCAUAAUAUUGUAAAA